CCGCCCCUUUCGGACCGGCUAAGGAGACUACGGCGUCUGGCGCCCGCCUCUCGUUCCGCUUCCCCUCCCGCCCCUCAAGCUCAAAACCGAGAAUCGAAACUGUGCUGUGAACCAUGCAGCAGGAGCCUGCACCCGCCCGAUCUCCGGGUCCCCAGCAAGACCCCGCACUGCCCCACACGCCCACAAUGCCUCCCCCGGAGUCCGUCCCCGAAGGCCACCAGCCCAGCCCCAGCCCCGCGGAGCAAGCCCUGGAAGAGGAAUUCCAAUUCCUGCGCUGCCAGGCGUGCCAGGUAGAAGCCAAGCGCCCCAAGCUGCUGCUUUGUCUGCACACGCUGUGCUCGGGGUGCCUGGAGGCGCCCAACUUGCAGUGCCCGAUCUGCCAGCUGCCCGGGCCCUUAGGCGCUGACUCGCUGGUGCUGGAUAACGUCUUCUUUGAGAGUCUACAGCGGCGCCUGUCGGUGUACAGGCAGAUCGUGGAUGUGAAGGCCGCUUGCAACCGCUGCAAAGAAUCCGCGGACUUCUGGUGUUUCGAAUGUGAGAAGAUCCUCUGUGCCAGGUGCUUCGAGGCGCACCAGUGGUUCGUCAAGCAUGAGGUCCGGCCCCUGGCGGAGGUCCGCGGCCAGUCAGCGAAGGAGUUCCUUGAUGGCAUGCGCAGGUCCAACAGCAUCUUCUGCUCCAACCCCAUCCACUGCCCCCCUAUGUUGACGAGCAUCUACUGCCGGGGCUGCUCCAAGCCACUGUGCUGCUCGUGCGCGCUCCUGGAUAACAUCCACAGUGAGCUCAAGUGCGACAUCAGCACCGAGAUCCAGCAGCGGCAGAAGGAGCUGGACGCCAUGGCGCAGGCGCUGCAGGAGCAGGACCGCGCUUUCGGGGCGGCGCAGGCGCACAUGCGCUCGGCUGUCAGCCAGCUGGACCGCGCGCGCGCAGACACCGAAGAGCUGAUCCACACACGCGUGCGCCAACUAGUGACGCACGUGCUGGCCCAGGAGAAAGCGCUGCUGGAGGGGGUGAGCGCGCAGUACCAGCGCAGCUACCAGGAGAUUGCAGGCCAGCUGGGCCGCCUGGAAGCUGUGCUGCAGCGCAUCCGUUUAGGAGGUUCGCUGGUGCAGAGGAUGAAACAUUACGCCUCCGACCAGGAGGUGCUGGACCUUCAUGGCUUCCUGCGGGAAGCGCUCGGCCGCCUGCGCCAGGAGGAGCCCCAGUACCUGCAGACCUCUGUGCGCACCGACAGCUUCGACAAAUUCAAAGUGCGCCUGCAGGAACUCGUCUCCUGCAUCACUCAGGGGACAGAUGCAACUCCACCCCGGCGAGCCAGCCCAGAGGCUGCCAACCCUCCCAGGGACUCUCUUGACAUUGAGCUGGUUUCCGUCGGAACAUCUGUUUCCCGCCCUUUGGGCCUCUGCCUAGGAGUCGCAUUGCCAGAGGAGGUGCAGAAGGCUCUGACACAGGACUUGGAGCUGGCUGAGACCCAGACUAUGACUUUGGUCCAGCCGGUGCCCGGGGUGCACCCAGUGCCAGUUCACGCCUACUCCAUCAAAGACUCAUGCAGAGAGGAGGUCUGCAGCACAGUCCCGCCCCAGAAGAGGAAGUCCUGCCAGACUGAGUGCCCCAGAAAGGCCAUCAAGAUGGAGUCUGAGGAGGAGAAGGAGAUACGGUUGGCCCGGAGCUCCCCGGAGCAGCCCAGGCCCAGCACCUCCAAGGCAGUCUCACCGCCCCACCUGGAUGGGCCCUCCAGCCCCGAAGGCCCCACUGUGGGAAGCGAGGGCUUUCUGCCCAACAACAAUCACGCAGCCGGCGACGCUGGUGAGGCAGAGGAACGAGUGGUGGUGAUCAGCAGCUCGGAAGACUCAGAUGCUGAAAACUCGUCUUCCCGAGAGCUGGAUGACAGCAGCAGCAGGUCCAGUGACCUCCAGCUGGAGGGCCCCAGCUCCCUCAGGGUCCUGAACGAGAGCCUCGCCGACCCCCAAGCAGAAGACAGGCCCCUGGUUUUCUUUGACCUCAAGAUUGACAGUGAAACCCAGAAGAUUAGCCAGCUGGCAGCAGUGAACCGGGAGAGUGAGUUCCGCGUGCUCAUCCAGCCCGAGGCCUUCUUCAGCACCAACUCCAAGGCUGUCUCCCUGGAGGUGGGGCUGCAGCACUUCCUUGGUUUUCUGGGCUCCCUGCACCGCCCCAUCCUGGCCCUCUACAAGCUCUGGGGACCCGGCCUCCCCAACCUCUUCCGGGUCCUGGAGGACAUGAACAAGCUAUGGGAAUUUGAGCAGGUCAUCUCGGGUUUCCUGGCUGCACGGCCCCUCUUCCGGGAGCUGGUGCCCGGGGCCAGCAGCUUCAAGCUCAAGAGCCUGGCCGAGACCUACCUGGCAAGAAGCAUGAGCGAGCGCAGCGCCCUGGCCGCCGUGCUGGCCCUGCGGGACCUGUUCCGGCUCCUGGACAUCUUCCCAAGCCCCCAGCUAGCCCAGCACGUCUACUGCUUCAGCAGCCUGCAGUGCUUCGCGUCCCUGCAGCCGCUGGUGCAGGCGGCCGUCCUGUCCCGCGCCCAGGCCCGCCUCCUGGCCCUGCACAACGUGAGCUUCACCGAGCUGCUGGCCGCGCACCGCCGUGACCCCCAGUGGGGACUGCGCCGGUACAGCUGCUACCUGAGCCCGUCUGCUGCCUCAUCGCCCCCCAUCCAGGCCAUCAGCCCCCUGCAGGCCCUGGGCACCUACUUCAGAAACCUGUCCAAGGAGCCCAGCCCGGCACGGGCAGAAGGCCACACCGCCCCUGUUGCUGGCCGCAGCUUGGCGGGGCGGGUGUGCCAGCAGAGCUGAGAGGAGGCCCAGACUGGCUCAGGAUCUCUGGGGUUAGAAGGUCAUGGGGUUCCUGAGCCAGCUCCCUUCCCCCUGCCCCACUGCCCUUCUUCCUCAGCACCCAGCUGUCCUUUGCUCCGAAAUCAGUUCUCUGGGACCAAACUACCCUUCUCUAAAAAC